AUGGCGUAGUUGUGUGCUGUCAUUGCACUUGAUUCGGGAGAACAAGCUUCUGAAAAGUUAUUCUAUAGUUAGUAUCAUUUGAAUGCUGCGAUGGAUAGGAUACUCAAAGGGAUCAUGAAGUACAGAAAGUGUCAUCGAGAAGGAAUGGUGAAGCAAUUUCAACAAGUCAGGGAUCAUCCCGAGCCCAAGGCAGUAUUUUUCACCUGCAUGGACUCCCGAAUGAUCCCAACUAGAUUUACGGAAACAAAUGUUGGAGACAUGUUUGUCGUCCGAAACCCCGGCAAUGUUGUUCCACAUUCGCAACAUUUUGUGGACGAAUUUACCAUGUGUGAAUCAGCGGCGUUGGAGCUUGGUUGUGUGGUAAAUGAUAUAAGACACGUUAUUGUGUGUGGCCACAGCGAUUGUAAGGCCAUGAAUCUGCUCUACGCUUUACGGGACGAGGAAUUUGCAUCUCAAAUGAACAGAAGAAUAUCGCCGUUGAGAGCGUGGUUGUGUGCGCACGCCAGCAGCAGCUUGGCAAAGUUUCAGCAUCUCGAAGUCACCGGUUUCCACGAGCCGAUUAUUUUCCAAGCUGAGACUCCGCUGCGAAAAUUUGUCGCUUACAUUGAUCCAGAAGAUAAAUUCGCUAUUGAAGACAAGUUGUCACAAAUCAAUACAUUGCAACAGCUUCAAAAUAUCGCGUCGUAUGGGUUUCUGAAGAAGCGCUUGGAGAGACACGAUUUGCACAUUCACGCGCUGUGGUUUGAUAUUUACACCGGGGAUAUUUAUUAUUUUAGCCGAGCCAAUAAAAGGUUUGUGGAAAUAAAUGAGACAACGGAGCCAUUUCUGCUUAAAGAAAUAAAGAAAUAUUAUUCGUAAACAUUUUAGCAAAAAAAAUUGCGCAUAUAAUUUUUAUGAUUAUGA